GAAAAGGAUUUUUUAUUUUUAUAUUGAGAAAUGCGUAAAGGAAAAAAAGAAGAAGAAGGAAAGAAUUUCAAACGGAAGCGCUGGUUUUGGGAAAACGUUUUGUUUUCUUUAGAUAGAUUAGAUUUAAAUUAAUUUGUUUGGGGGAAAAUACUAAAAAGUCAUCGCCACUCCCAACAAAGUUUUAACCAAAUGAAACCCUAAUCUCACUUAUCUAAGCUAGCGGCCGCCUCUCCUCCUCUCUUCUUCCCUUCUAUCUCGUCUCUACUCUUCUCUCUGGAAACCAACGAAACAGAGAAAGAAAAAUCGUACCAUCCUUUUAAUCUCAUACCUUUUCGUCAGCCUCCCCGAUCUCUCACUCAAUCUACCGUAUUCCUCUCUCUUUCUUUUGGAAAUCGAUGAGAAGGAACAAAAUGGAAGGCAACGGUGUCGAGGAUGACGACGGAGAUCGACAACGGCAGAGGUGACCAUGAAGGCGCCGGAGGUUGAAAGUCAGUCUUGUCUCCAAUUGCAUGUUGAUUUUAGGGGAUUUCCUACGAUUUUUGGUUCCAUUUAGGGAUUCUGAUCUGCCUCUUGUUUUUUUGUUUAUGGUUUGUGAGAGGGGAAGAAAGGGAGCCACCGCCGGCAACCUCAGAUUUCGUCGGGGGCGCCGACAAAGCAGAAGGGGGUUAGAAACUCUUUUGGUUAUUCAGAUUCGACGCAAUCGAUUUGGUAAAGUUCUUCCUUCAUUGCCUUUGAAUUUUUUUUGUUGCUCUCAAUUUCCCUUCCUUCUCUGUCGCCAUGGAUCCAUCUCUUUCCGACUAAUUAUCGGCACCUCAAGUUCCCCAGUUAAUUGUCGGCACCUCAAGUUCCCCACGCAAUCGAUUUGGCGCCACAAGAUGAAUCUCGAUGAAGAUGAUUUGAUCGAGGAUAGGGUGGUGGUUGGCCAUUGAAGAAGGAGAAAGAAAUCGCAAAUGGCAGCGGCAGUGGAUGGGAGAGGAAGGGACAGAGUUAUGUUCUUUUUUUAUUAAUAAUGUGUUCUGAUUUUGUUAAUAAAUGUAUAUAGUAAGUUGUGAACAAUAAUUGCAAUUGAAUAAUAUUUUGUUGAUUUUUUAAUAUAUGAUCAUUUAUUUUGUUGUUGGGAAA